UAUAUCCCCCGUGUCAAGCAUCAUGAAAGGAUUACGAAGCACUAUAUUGUCCCUGGCCGUCCUGGUCAGCGUGGCUCUGGCCAAUCCUCACCGACGAUUGGUGGUCCGUUCGGCUCCUUCGUUCUUCGAACUUCCAAGACGUUUAGUGGUACGCCAGGCACCAAUUUUUGACCCCCAAUCGGCGCUCCCUAAGGAUGUGGCAGGGCCAGUGAGUCAGUCGGAGGAUUCCAGCGUGCCAAUCUUCGACCUCGAAGUAGUUGGACCGGUCGAUAAUGUCCCUAAAGAAGAUGCACUAGCUGCCGUACCGGUUCCAGUGGUUGCGGAGCCUCGGUCAGAUGUUGUUGCGGAAGAAGCUGUAGCCGCGGAAGCUGCGUUGCCGGUUGAUGGAGUCGUUGUACCCGAAGACAUUGUCCCGCCAAUGGUGGAAGCUGAGGCAGCUGCAGAAGAGCGUGCCGCGGUGGAACAAGCCGUGGCUGUCAGUGAAUUCCAGGAUGUAAAGAACAAACUUAACAUCAUUAUGGAACGCAUCGAAAUGCUGCACGAGAUGCUGAGUGCUCUUCAAGCUAGCAAAUCAAAUGCACAAUAAUCUUGAUUUUUUUCCGCUAGCGUACGAUUUCCUGAAUUAUUAACUGCACAAUGAUAUAUGAAUCAUUUCACGAAAGGAUACAAUUUUGAAGCACAUAGUAAACAAACUUAGAAGAUUUUUAUCGUCAGAAAUAAAGUUCAAAAUUCCCGCAAAAA